ACAGCGGAGACAGCAGCGACUCUACGCAGCCCAACACGCAACAUAAAGACAUUUGUCAGCGCCUAAUUAAAGUGGAGUACUCACAUAUGUGUCCUCUAAUAUUGCUUUAACUUUUUAGUUUUACAUUUACGUGAUUUAAAAAGCAUCUCCUCCGCUCGCUGUUGCAGAGUAGUUAGCUAGCAGAUUGACGUUAGCUCCUCUGACAGAGACCCCAACGGUGGUUGUGUCUAUCGACCUACAGCGUCAACAUGUCGGACCCAGCCGUGGAGGUGAAGCUGGAGGUGAAACAGGCCAGCAAAGAGGUGAAAGAGAGCGAAAAUGUAGCUGAAAAAUAUUCAGCUAUGACCGUAAGCAAGAACAGCGAAAUGAACAUGGGAGACCUGUCGUCCGCCUUCAGCGCGGUGCCCACUCACAAACCUGUCAAAAAGCAAAUCCAGUUUGUGGAGGACAAGCAGGAGUUCAGCAGGUUCCCUACAAAGGCAGGCCGUCGCUCCCUGUCCCGCUCCAUCUCUCAGUCGUCCACAGACAGCUACAGCUCCGCUGCUUCCUAUACGGAUAGCUCGGACGAUGAGACUUCACCACGGGACAAAACUCAGGUCAACUCCAAGGGCAGCAGCGACUUCUGUGUGAAGAACAUCAAACAGGCUGAGUUUGGCAGACGUGAGAUUGAGAUCGCAGAACAAGAUAUGACGGCGCUGAUCUCUCUCAGGAAGAGAGCACAGAGUGAGAAACCGUUGGCAGGUGCCAAAAUCGUGGGCUGCACUCACAUCACCGCCCAGACUGCAGUGCUGAUCGAGACUCUGGUGGCUCUCGGGGCUCAGUGCCGCUGGACUGCGUGUAACAUUUACUCCACACAAAAUGAAGUGGCUGCUGCUCUGUCAGAGACCGAUGUGGCUGUGUUUGCCUGGAAAGGGGAGUCUGAGGAUGAUUUUUGGUGGUGCAUUGACCGCUGUGUCAACAAUGAGGGUUGGCAGCCUAACAUGAUCCUUGAUGAUGGAGGAGACCUGACACACUGGAUGUACAAGAAGUACCCCAACGUAUUCAAGAAGAUCAGGGGCAUUGUAGAGGAGAGUGUCACUGGGGUUCACAGGUUGUAUCAGCUGUCUAAAGCUGGAAAGCUGUGUGUCCCCGCUAUGAAUGUGAACGACUCUGUGACCAAGCAGAAGUUCGACAACCUGUACUGCUGCAGAGAGUCAAUCCUGGACGGCUUGAAGAGAACCACAGAUGUCAUGUUCGGAGGCAAACAGGUGGUCAUAUGUGGGUACGGUGAGGUUGGAAAAGGUUGCUGUGCCGCCCUGAAAGCUCUGGGAUCCGUCGUCAGCAUCACGGAGAUCGAUCCCAUCUGUGCCCUGCAGGCCUGCAUGGACGGAUUCAGGGUGGUGAAGCUGAAUGAGGUCAUUCGUCAGGUUGAUGUCAUCAUCACUUGCACUGGGAACAAGAAUGUGGUGACCAGAGACCAGCUGGACCGAAUGAAAAACGGCUCUAUUGUCUGCAACAUGGGCCACUCCAACACUGAGAUUGAUGUGGCGAGUCUCCGGACCCCCGAGCUGACCUGGGAGAGGGUGCGCUCUCAGGUGGAUCAUGUCAUCUGGCCUGAUGGCAAGAGGGUCAUCCUUCUGGCUGAGGGACGUCUCCUUAACCUGAGCUGCUCCACUGUCCCCACCUUUGUGUUGUCCAUCACAGCCACCACUCAGGCCCUGGCCCUUAUAGAGUUGUACAACGCUCCUGAGGGACGAUACAAGCAGGACGUUUACUUGCUCCCCAAGAAGAUGGAUGAGUACGUGGCCAGUCUGCAUCUGACCACUUUUGAUGCUCACCUGACGGAGCUUUCUGAUGAUCAGGCAAAAUACCUGGGCCUGAACAAGAACGGCCCUUUCAAACCCAACUACUACAGGUAUUAGUCUGCAGGGAGCCAUACUUCAGCUCGCUCAAAUGUAAACGCUACAAUCACCUUUCCAUAAGACAAGAACAAGAUUUAUGUAUAUUGUAUUUUAUACUCUUCACAGGACGCAUAGGUUAUAUUAAGUUCUAUUUUACUGACCACAGCAAGUUUUGCUCCACUUGCUGCUUCCUACAGACCUACACAUGGCACUUAUCUGCUGUAUAGUGGGAUUUUUAUUUUCAGGUGCAUCUGUUCACAAACCUGCUGACUCCUGGCUACUAUAGAGUUCUGUCUUGGAUAUUAAAUGUAUCAAUAUAGUGUGCCAAAAGACUGUGACGGGGAAGGGUUGUAGUUGUUGUGAAAUGUUAAUGGUUAGUUGUGGAAUCAGUUAAUCCUGCAUUACGCGAUACUUUUAAAAUGUAAGCUCCUCAAGUUUUUAGAUGCUUUUAAUUCCAGGUUUUGGCUCUCUCAACAACAUCUUGUAUGAAACUGGUGGCAGUAAUUUCCAGAAAAUAAAUCGUAGACAAGCCUUGCUUUCCAUAAAACACCAGAGAGGCAUUUUAAACUCCUGGCUGGGAAAGAAAGUAAUGCUCCAACUGUUUCUCUCAGGAGAAGGGGAAAUAAAACACCUUAUAUUGUCAGGGGGCGAGAAAUUGAACUAGGAGUUGCUGUUCGUCUGCUAGAUGUUUAAGUAAGCAGUUAAAUGAGCCAUAACAACUAGAUCACCUGAUUUGUAAAACAGUCUUUGAGUUUGUUUCUGCCCCCCCAGUGGUCAGAUAUCGCUUACUACAGCUUUAACGAUUUCUCUCUGCUGCGAUGUGGCAGCGCUUGCUUAAUUCACACAUUCCAUCCAUAAGUACAGAAGAAAUAUCCUUUUCUCUCUCUGUAUUAUCGUCCACAUUAAUCCUAACCAUCAGCACAUCCGGCCAAAAAAGUAACUUCAAAACUCUUAUUGUUAUUGCAAACAAAACAAGUAUUUUUUUUUUAUAAAGUUGUGUCCAUCUAUGAGGUUUGUGUGUCUGGUAAGAAUAGUAUCUGUACCUCAGGGCAUUCAAAUAUCUACAAUUGUUUGUAAAUUAGAUCAGCACUGUCUGACCUUGCGUUCACAUCUAGUGUCACUGUCACUCUCUUGACAUUAUUUACAGAAUAACUAGAACAGGUUUAGAUAUUUUUGUACUCUGUCACCUGUUCAAUGACUAUUGCAGAAUUGUGUAUUCUGUGUGAAGCGAACACAACAGAGAGUGAUGUUGAACAGUGUUACAUACCGUAUGUUUAUUCUACAUAUGCAACAACUCUCUCUGAAGGGCAACAUUGAGAUUAUUGUUAAUUUGUCACAGGAUUCUGCUCCUAACAGAGGAUAUCUGUUGAAUCCACUAAUGCUCAGACAUGGAUAAGCUUUGUUGUCAGCACAUUUACCUAGACACAAGUUACCUUUACCUUCUCUGUUAUCUUGCGAUAUUGCACCAUUAUUAAAGCUAUUGUUAAAACACAA